ACUGCAGACAUAGUACAGGAGAUGACCAGAGACUGCGGACACAGUACAGGAGAUGACAGAGACUGCGGACACAGUUCAGGGGAUGACCAGAGACUGCGGACACAGUACAGGAGAUGACCAGAGACUGCGGACACAGUACAGGGAUGACCAGAGACUGCGGACACAGUACAGGGAUGACCAGAGACUGCGGACACAGUACAGGGAUGACCAGAGACUGCGGACACAGUACAGGGAUGACCAGAGACUGCGGACACAGUACAGGGGAUGACCAGAGACUGCUGACACAGUACAGGGGAUGACCAGAGACUGCGGACACAGUACAGGGAUGACCAGAGACUGCGGACA